UCUCUCUCCAUUGAUUCCCAAUGAGGAGCCACAAGACAUUUCUAUUGCUCUUUGGUUUUCUGGUCUUCUUUUAUUCCUCCUUUCUACUAACUCAUUGCCAGCUCUUGCCCAUACCUAUUCAAGAUGGCCAUGCGAAGGACCAGCAGACCUACAUUGUUCAUGUACAGAGACCCAACAGCACGAAGCUCCUCAGUGCUGCAGAACGUCAGAAGUGGUAUCAAUCCUUCCUGCCAUCCAAGACCCUGGCAUCGGGCGAGCCACGGAUGGUCUACUCAUACCAAAAUGCUAUCAGCGGAUUCGCCGCGAAACUAACGCAUGAAGAAGUAGAAGUCAUGGAGAGGAUCCAUGGCUUUGUGCAUGCCCACCCUGACCGAAUGCUCAGUCUCCACACGACGCACGUAUCGGACUUCCUGUGGAUGAACCAAGGGAAUUGCUUCUUGAGGGACACCAACUUGGGGAAGGGGAUGGUCAUUGGCCUCCUCGACACCGGCAUUUUCCCUGCCCAUCCUUCAUUCAAGGAUGAAGGCAUGCUUCAUGCGCCAAUCAAGUGGAAGGGGCACUGCGACUUCAAGCCAACGCUGUGCAAUAACAAGAUAGUUGGUGCGAGGUCAUUCAGGAACGGGUGCAAGGACCUUCCAUUUGAUGCGGUUGGGCAUGGGACUCACACCGCCAGCAUCGCAGCCGGAAACUUCGUCAAGAAUGCCGACGUUCUCGGCAACGCAAGGGGAACUGCCUCUGGGGUGGCGCCGAAUGCUCACUUGGCCAUCUACAAGGUUUGCCACAGCGGUGGUUGCCUCGCGAGCGAUGCAUUGGCGGGCAUAGACAACGCCAUUGGCGACGGAGUCGACGUGCUCUCGAUCUCCCUAGGUGGGCAAGCAGCGCCUUUCUACGAUGAUAGCAUAGCAAUCGGCGCACUGGCUGCGAUCGAGAAGGGGAUCUUCGUCAGCUGCUCUGCCGGAAACUCUGGGCCAUCUAAAGGCACCGUAGAGAAUGACGCCCCCUGGGUCCUGACGGUCGGAGCAAGCACCAUGGAUAGAGCUAUAAGGGCGGUCGUCAAGCUCGGGAAUGGAGAGGAGCUCGACGGCGAGUCGGCGUACCAGCCCACUGGAUUCACAUCCAUCCUGUUGCCUGUGGUAUACCCUGGCAUGAGUGGCGGCUUUCGAGCCAAGGCUUGCAGCGACGGAUCCUUGAACCGCAUCAACGUCAAGGGGAAGGUGGUGCUGUGCCACACCGGUGGCACCAAUACCAGCAUCGAAAAGGGCGUGGUCGUCAAGAAGGCCGGCGGCGUCGCGAUGAUACUGACGAAUAAUGAGAAACAGAGCUUCACGACCAAGGCCGGAGCUCACGUCCUUCCGACAUCCCACGUAAGCUACAACGAUGGAUUGAAGAUCAUGGCCUACAUCAAGUCAUCAUCGAAUCCCACGGCGACGAUCGAUUUCAAAGGCACAUUGUAUGGAGCUUCUCCAUCUCCCGCAGUUGCAUCAUUCUCUUCGAGAGGCCCGAGCCUAGUCAACGAAGGCAUCCUGAAGCCUGAUAUCAUCGGACCAGGCGUGAACAUCCUCGCUGCAUGGCCAUUUUCCAUCGGUCCGCCGUCUCUCGACCCUGCCAACAAUUUCACUUCAUCAUUCAACAUGAUCUCCGGCACGUCGAUGUCGGCUCCUCUGCUAGCCGGGAUCGCCACCCUGCUCAAACUUUCGCAUCCCGAUUGGUCACCUGCAGCGAUCAAAUCGGCAAUGAUGACAUCCUCCGACAUGCUCGACCACGACGGCAGGCCGAUAACCGAUGAGACACUGAAUGCCGCCAGGUUCUUCGCCAUGGGAGCAGGACAUGUGAAUCCAUUGAAGGCCAAUGAUCCGGGGUUAAUCUACGACCUCCAACCUAGCGAUUACAUCCCCUACCUCUGUGGCUUGGGAUACACCGACAAGCAAGUUUCGACGGUCACCCGCCGACCGACGGAGUGUUCUCUGAUUGACACUGUAACGGCUGAGGAGUUGAACUACCCUUCCAUGUUGGUGUCCAUGGGAUCGAAUGCGGAGAAGACCAUCACGCGGACAGUGAGGAAUGUAGGGGAUGCUGAAUCGGUUUAUGCAGUGCAAGUGAGUGCACCAGAAGGGGUGGAGGUGAAGGUUUAUCCUGAGAAGCUAAGCUUCAUGGAGCUGAAUCAAAACAAGAGUUUCAAUGUGUAUUUUAGCACUAGGGACACAAGUGGAAGACAAGGCCACAUCUCUGAAGGACAUCUGAAGUGGGUAUCUAACAAGCAUGUGGUAAGGAGUCCUAUCACUGUUAUGUUCGCUUGAACAUAUAUAGCCUAUACUUGGGCUGGGCUUAUUGAUUGGCUGAUAUACAUAUCAACAGCCAUUUGGUUUUUUUGGCGGCAGAAUGUAUGGUCUUAGCUAUGUGAAAAUAAAUAUGAGUUAUAAAGAUA